UCUGUCUGACUUGUCUAGGAAGACUUGCAUCCUGGUUGGAAUUCCUCUCAAGACAUUAAAAGCACGGAUGUUGCAACAGAGCCCCUUUGGAUGGAUCGUUUAGUUUGCCUUCUGAUUGGAUGAAAAGAAAUGAGCCACUGCAGUCAAGGAUCCCAGCAUGAACAUCCAGAAUUUUGGAGGAGCUUUAGGAGAGUCCCUUGGCUCUAACCUGCAUAUGAAUGGGGCAGGUAGUUGGUGGAGUGCCUUCUCCCUGAAAUCUGUGCCCUCAAUGCAUACUGCCUCAGUUUUCCAAACCAUGGUCCCCACUGGUUAUACAAAAUUACAGGAAGAACGGUUGGCUAUGGUGGAUUUAGGAACUAAACCUGACACUUGUUCGCUACAGAAUGGCUAUAGACAGGACACCUCUCACAUAGAAAGUAGACGGAUUCUUGACCGGACCUCUCGGUCCUCUCUAACUUUAUCUGACUCUGGAGAUGGAGGGUACGCUGAGACAGAGCCCAUGCUACCUGAGAGGAGAUUCUCUCAUGAAGAUGCAAUCGAAGAUAAGGAAGAAGAGGAGGAGGAGGAAAGGCUGGGGUUAGAUGUGCUGAAUAUGCCCAAGGAGUCACCGCUUGCUAUGGCAUUGCAGAUUUUGGUGCCUUUCCUUCUUGCUGGAUUUGGAACAGUUUCAGCUGGGAUGGUGCUCGAUAUUGUGCAGCACUGGGAAGCAUUCCAGUACAUCACAGAGAUCUUCAUUUUGGUACCAGCUCUCCUUGGCCUAAAGGGAAACCUGGAGAUGACCCUGGCUUCAAGGCUGUCUACAGCAGUAAAUGUGGGUAAGAUGGACUCUCCAAUUGAGAAGUGGAAUCUAAUCAUAGGCAACCUGGCACUGAAGCAGGUUCAGGCAACUGUUGUGGGUUUCCUGGCAGCUGUAGCAGCAGUAGUUCUUGGCUGGAUUCCAGAGGGGAAGUUUCAGAUGAGCCAUGCUGUUUUGCUGUGUUCAAGCAGCGUGGCGACAGCCUUUAUAGCUUCCAUGCUGCAGGGUAUAAUCAUGGUUGGGGUAAUUGUGGGUUCCAAGAAGACAGGCAUUAAUCCAGACAACGUAGCCACACCUAUUGCAGCUAGUUUUGGUGACCUCAUAACACUGGCGAUCCUGGCCUGGAUAAGUCAAGGCCUCUACAAGUGCUUAGACUCCUAUCCUUAUGUGUCGUCGUUGGUUUGCGCCUUCUUUAUGUGUUUGACACCUCUGUGGAUCGUCAUCUCCUCCAAACACCCUGCCAGCCGCACUCUUCUCUACUCUGGAUGGGAGCCAGUCAUCACUGCCAUGGUCAUCAGCAGCAUUGGAGGACUCAUCUUGGACAAAACAGUGACUGACCCAAAUCUAGCUGGUAUCGUUGUUUACACACCAGUCAUCAAUGGUAUUGGUGGAAACCUGGUAGCCAUUCAGUCUAGCAGGAUAUCUACCUACCUGCAUUUACACUGUGCUCCCGGGGAAGUUCCUGAUGAGGCAAAGGGUUGCUAUUAUCCCUGCCGCACAUUUUGUGGCACAGGAGCAAACCAUCGCUCUGCCCAAGUGCUACUACUUUUAGUGAUUCCUGGUCACCUCAUCUUCCUCUAUACCAUACACCUGAUGAAGAGUGGUCACACCACCCUAACACCCAUUUUCAUGUCUGUGUACCUCGCUGCUGCUGUGCUGCAGGUGUUGCUGUUGUUGUCUAUAGCAGACUGGAUGGUUCACUCUAUGUGGCGGAGCGGCAAAGACCCAGACAGUUUUUCAAUUCCUUACCUGACUGCUCUGGGUGACCUUUUAGGCACUGCCCUGCUGGCCCUAAGCUUCCACUUCUUAUGGCUCAUUGGAGACCAGGACAGCGAUGUGGGUGACUAAAAUGACUUUCAAUAAUUUGGAAGCAGUGACUGUCAGAAUCGUGUUCCCUCUGGAAAGAACUUCUUUUAUAAGGGUUUGAAUGUUUUACUCCCAUUUCUCACCUCCAUGUACUCUUUAUUUGAUAAAACCAGAUGCUGGUUUCAGAAACAAUUUUCUUUUUUUUUCUUUUUUUUUUUUCUUUUCUUUUUUUUUUUACACAUGCAUUCAACUCAAGAGAGUGAGUUAGCUAUCGGUAGUCUGAGUUGCAUAAAUUGCACCACAGCAGUUGAAUGAGGUGCAGGAAAAAGAAAAUGUGUGGGGCACAUUUGGGAGUGCUUAAAACUGCCUUUAUUGUAAGGUUAAAGUAAGUUAACUAAUGCCAUAUUUGCAGAUUUUCACUUCUAAAGCUAAGCUCUGAUCUCCAGAGUAUUAAUUGUUUGCAUCAAUUGUUUUACAUUCCCAUAAAGACCUAAUUUCGUACAGGUCAACUCUAACUCUGAAUUUAAAUAAAGUUGCAUUACAGCAAAUGUUUAUUUAUUUAACAUUGAAAAAUAUAGGAAAUUGAAAACAGUUGUGCUAAUCCUGGCAAAACUGGACUAAUAUUUCUGUAAACAAGUCUGAUUGAAAUGAUAAUAUUGUAUUUCUCAAAAUCAAACACAAUCAAGUCAUACGGUUUCAGAUUGUACCGCCCUGCAUGUAUGUUUUCAACUAGAUACAAUUAGGUUGAUGAUAUAUUUUUCAAAUUCUGCUAUUACAUCUGAAAUGAGAUAUGUCAUUGCACUAUUAAGCUAUGGAAAUGUUGAUAGAUAUUCAGCCCCUUUAAUGCCAAUAAAUGUUAUGUCUUCACUCCCUGAAGCAUUUGCAAGCAGUCACUCUGCACAAAUCAUAAUUAUCCUUUCUUUAUAACCUCCACACCUCUGACAAUAUAAUUUAGAUAACUUAACAUCAUUUAGAUAACUAACUUUUAGAUAAAUGCCACAUUUUUGCUGAAAAUGUGGCAUAAGUUUUUUAAGUGUUUACCAAGUCUUCUUUGUCACGACAACCGAUUUGUACAUCCAUUAUCCGAUGGAGGUAUAUGCUUUAUAAAAGUUCAACUAGCAUAAGCGCUUAGUAAAUCACAUCUCGGUAACGUUUAACACAUAAUGCAUUUAUUAUGGAUGAGUUUUAUUGAAAGCUUUCAAGAAAAAUGAGCCAGCUUGAAUGCUGCUCCUCCUAGAUAGAAAUGGGAGACUUUGUUGUGCAUGAAAACACAUACACCAAUAAGCUUUAUCCUAAAAUUUUGUAGGAUGUGAUGUAUGUUGGAAUAUAGCCAGUGGCUCUUUUCAACUUCAGUCAGUGCCUCUUGAGAUUUCCUGGAAAUGGUUCAUUUCUUUCUCAUUCAUUAAUUCAAUUUGAUUUGUGUUUGUACUGCUAUGCAAUAAUUUUUUGCCCUGUUUUCUUUCUUUUUAUAUUAUUCAUGCUGAAAUGACACACAUUAUAUUAAUUGCUGACACUUUGAAGGGAGAUCCUUUGGUGUAGAUUUUUACAUGGAUUUCAAUCCUUAAUUUACUUUUCUGGCUCAUAUUUCUGGCUCAUAUGUCAAAAUGUCUAAAUAAAUGUAAUCGACAAAAACUUCUCGGGUUAUUUUGAAGGGAAUGUUAAAGGUCUUGGACGCCCUCAAUCUGUCUACAUCACUGUAUUGGUUUUUCUCCAUCGUG